AUGGUCCUGGGAAUCGGGUUGGCUGUUUUUCUCCUGCUGCACUCUGCUACUGGGGCGGUGAGUUACCUCAAGCCCGGUGACACAGAUGCAGGUGUAGGUGCAAUCGGAGGUCCAUCGCCCUACCAGUCGCCAAGGUUCAGGUGGUGGUGGCCUGGUGGCUGGAUCGAGCCAGCAGAGGUCCAAUCUGAGAUCGUGGCCAUGAUCGACGCUGGAUUUGGAGGCGCUGAGGUUGGGGACGUCGAGGAUAGCAUCAAAGUUCAGAUGGACCCUCAAGUUUAUGGUUGGGCACAGAGCAGAUGGAACGCAGGUGUGGCUGCUGCGUGUGAGCAUGCUGACAGCAUUGGUGGACACUUAGACCUUACUCUUGGUCCGCACUGGCCAACAGGAUUCCCUGGAUACACUCCAGACUCUCCCGAGACCAUGAAGGAGCUUGUCCACGGCCAGGUCUUUGUUCAGAGUGGUCAGACUUAUACAGGAGCACUGCCUAUUCCCGUCGCAGCACCAUCCGGAAACGAGACUGGUAAUCCGAACGUCGUGGCGACUCCGAAACUAGCUGCAGUCCUAUUUGCCCGCGUCAAAUCGAUCAACGAAACAACGUCGGCGGUGGCCUUUGAUCCGUCGACAGUGCAGGUCAUUACCAGCAGGGUUACCAACAGCACUAUUUCUUGGACGGCUCCUGGCGACGGAGACUACAUUCUGGUCGCAGCAUAUGGACGCGGCACUGGCCAGAUCCAAAACAUAUACGAUGGAAACGUGGAUGCCCCAAAGGUUACGUAUCCAUUCCCAGCCUAUAUAGUAGAUCACUUCAGCAAGGAUGGCGUGGAGGCUGGCGUGAGGUUCUGGGACGAGCAUGUCUUGACGACUGAUGUACGCGCCUGCCUCGCGCGAAACAACGGCUCCAUCUUCGAGGACUCACUCGAGCUCAAGACCAAACAGUACUGGACGCUGAACUUCCUCAACGAGUUCGAGACCCGACGGGGCUACGACCUGUCUCCGUUCCUACUCUACGUUAUCAAGGAUACGAACUCCUUUUCGGGGGAUACUAAAAUCUCCGAUAAAGUGACGAACGACUUCUACCAGACAGUGUCGGAUUUGUACACCGAGUAUCGGCUGGGAGGACUCAAGGCUUGGGCCAACAGUAUUGGCAUGAGACUCCGUGUUCAGCCGUACACCGCGUCUUUCGACAGCACCUACGCCGCAAGCCUGGUGGAUAUCCCAGAGGGCGAGUCGCUCGGGUUUGAGGGCAAUAUUGACGCCUUCCGCGUUCUGGCCACUGGCAGAGACAUUGGGGGAUCUACCACGAUCCUCUCGGACGAACUUGGUGCGUACAUGGGGAAAGCUUACGGGAUGACAUGGAAGUUCCUUCUUAGCACAGCCAACCUGGAUAUGUCUACUGGGGUCAGCCAAGUUGUCAUCCAUGGAUUCCCCUACAGCUCGUCUCCGGACAGUCGCUGGCCAGGCUUCGCUGCAUUUACUCCCCUUGGCACCAACUCAAACGGCUUCGCCGACGCCUGGGGCCCACGCCAGCCUCAGUGGAUGUUCGCCACCAAUGCCAGCCGCUACCUAGCCCACGCGCAGAAAUUACUCCAAGACGGUGGCCCUUCCAUCGACGUGGCUAUCCUCAAUGACGCAUGGGGCAUCGAUGGCGAGUGGCCGGACGAUUCGCUGAACGCGGCUGGAUUCUCGUACCAGUUCCCAACACCGGAGCUGCUCAUCAGGCAUAACAUCACCGUCGACGAAGCACGUCUUGCACCAUUGGGACCCAGUUACAAAGCCAUGGUGGUAAAUAGCCCGGCCAUGGACGCCAGCGUUGCUAAGCUUCUGCUGGAUUACGCCCAGAAUGGCCUGCCCGUCGUACUUGUCGAGCCGCUUCCCAACGCAACCUUUUCCUACAGCAAUGAUACCGCCGCCCAGCUCAAACGCUUAAGUGACCUUCUAUCUGAGAUAUUAAGCCUGUCGACUACUACUUCAGUCUCCGACAAGACCGCGGUUCCGAGUGCCCUAAGUAGGCUGGGUGUUCAACCCUCUGUGCGAUACUCCACGAGGGAGAACGCCAGCCUGAUCACAUAUCGUCGCACUAUGGGCUCGGGGUAUCUGUACUGGGUCUAUAAUAACGGUCAUGACCUAUUUGAUGGUGGUUUUGAGCUAGAGGGUGAGGGCUACCCAUUGUCAAUCAACCUGUGGGGUGGGUCUGUCAACCCGCUGGCAGCGUUCGCCUUCUCAGAUGGCUACGUCUCGGUAAAUUCGACCAUACAGCCCACAUCCGUGGCUGUAUUUUACUUGGGACCCGACAACGACUUCGGCGCAUCCCAUCCCACCAAUCCCCUCGUGGCCACAAACUGCGACAAUUACGUCCGAGAUGGGACCAUCUACAUUUCCUCAAAAUCUAACUGUAGCGCCUCCACAUCCAAUGGCACGCACAUUACCCUAUCUCCUUCCUCGCUGCCCUCCUCAACCUCGCCCUCUAAAUGGAUCCUCAGCGUCCAAGACUGGCGUCCUGCCCAGGUCAACGAAAUGGGUCUAGACUCACCUGACACCGUCAAAGAGAACCUUGACCCCAUAACCCUAACUGAGCUCUCCGCUUGGCCCAACAUUACCGGCCUCAUCAACGCCAGCGGUAUUGGCAAAUAUGCCACCACGAUUUCUCUCACCAAGGGAACCAGUUCGGCAACUCGGGUCCUUCUUGAAGUAGGCCACGUGGAGGGUACCUGGGGCGUGCGGCUCAACGGCCAGGUUCUCACCUCAGUCGACUGGUUCGGCAACAAGCCUAUCGACGUGACGGAUCUGGUUCUUGAUGGUGUGAAUUAUCUCGAAAUUACCGUUGCCACAACGCUGUGGAACAAAUUGAGGGCCGUGUGGCCUGAGUUGUAUGGAUCGUUGGAGGCACAGCUGAUCGGACUAAUUGGGCCCGUAAACUUUUCGUACUCGUUGGAGGAGGCUUUGUAA